CUUCCGGUCUGCGCAAGAAAGGCGGAUGAAGCGGCCCCAACACCGGGAACAAAGGACUGUAGAGUAAACCAAUAUGAGAAUAGAUUGAUCCGCUCUUCACGAGUCUGCAGCCACGAUGUCAAAACGGCCAUCCUAUGCCCCUCCCCCUCCCCCAGCCCCAACAGCACAAUUGCCUUCCACCCCUGGGUUUGUGGGCUACAACCCUUACAGCCAUCUGGCCUACAACAACCUCCGCCUGGGAGGGAGCACCGGAGGCUCCGGCAGGAACUCCACAGGCAUCACAGUUCCAAAACCUCCCAAGCCACCAGACAAGCCACUGAUGCCGUACAUGCGGUACAGCCGGAAGGUAAGCAGGAAGGUAUGGGACCAGGUGAAGGCCUCCAACCCAGACCUGAAGCUGUGGGAGAUUGGCAAAAUUAUCGGAGGGAUGUGGAGGGACCUGACUGACGAAGAGAAGCAGGACUACCUGAACGAGUACGAAGCAGAGAAGAUUGAGUAUAAUGACUCUCUGAAGGCCUACCAUAACUCUCCAGCCUACCUGGCUUACGUCAACGCAAAGAACCGGGCUGAAGCCGCCAUGGAGGAGGAGAGCAGGCAGAGGCAGAGCCGUUUAGACAAAGGCGACCCAUAUAUGAGCAUUCAGCCUGCUGAAGACCCCGAUGACUACGAUGAUGGUUUUUCAGUGAAGCACACAGCAGCCGCUCGCUUCCAGAGGAACCACCGGCUCAUCAGCGACAUCCUCAGUGAGUUUGUGGUGCCCGAUGUCCGCUCAGUGGUCACCACAGCCCGCAUGCAGGUCCUCAAGAGGCAGGUCCAAUCUCUUAUGGUUCACCAGAGGAAGCUGGAGGCUGAGCUUCUGCAGAUCGAGGAUCGCCACCAAGACAAGAAAAGGCGUUUCCUGGAGACAACGGACUCCUUCAACUCUGAAUUAAAACGGCUGUGCAGCCAGAAAGUUGAGGUGGACAUGGAGAAGCUCGCCGCGGAGAUGGCUGCUGCUGAGGAGGCGGCCAGACGCCGGGCAGAGGAGAGGGAGCGUGAGGCAGCAGAGCAGGCGGAGAAAGCCGCUCAGCAGGCGCAGCAGCAGCAGCAGCAACAACAACAACAACAACAACAACAGCAGCAGGAUGAGGAAGCUGCUGCUGCUAACAAAGCUGCAGAGCAGAAUGCUAAUGCUACAAACACGGCUAACCCCACCUCAGGGACCAAGGAGGAGGACAUGCCCCCACCUGGAGCAACAGAUAAAGCAGCGCCUGCCGAACCCUCAUCCGAAACUCAUCCCACUCCACCUCCUCCGUCUGAACCUCCCUCGUCUGCCUCUGAUAAAGCAACCCCUCCCCCCGAGCCUCCCAGGGAGAGCAGCACUCCCAGCAGCAGCAGCGGCAGCAGCAUCCCCAGUGACGACAACAGCAACAGCAUGCCGCCUCCGCCCGCCGACAGCAGCCCCGCAGUUGCUGCCCCAGAGCCUCCAGCGGCACAGGAAGCUAACCCCAGUGCUGCUAACUCUAACGGGUCCACAGCACCGCCUCCUCCUCCGCCUGCCUCAGAAGAACCAGCCCCUCCUCCACCACCACUACUGCCCUCAAACCAAAGCAGCCAACAGUAUGACAUGUAAGAAGUCGUCUCUGGAUGGAGCAGCAGGUGCAGAAACAGUGAGAGUGAAGUCCAGUUCAGACCUGGUGUUCACAGCCGUCUCUGGUGAAACCAUCACAAGCUGUAGAAACAGGAAGUCGUUGACAUGAUGUGUCAUCGUUAGACCAACAGAAAACUCUGGGAACAGAAAAUGACGUGUUUGUACGUGCACAUAGAGCAGGGUCGUCGCUGAACACACGUCUGUGCGUUUCCAUGUACAGAUCAGUCGAGCUACGCUUUCAGCUCAGCGACUCCAGCUAUGACAGAUGCGCUAACGUGGGUAAUGAAUUUAUGUCUGACUCCACUCCACUAGGUGGCGAUAUGGUCCCUUGCAGCUUGUUAGUAUCAGACAUUUUCUGUCACAGACCAAAAGAGUUUCAGCUGGUGACUCGCUGGUGUCAUUUCAAGCAUCAAUUGCUGUUUUUGUACUGUACUUUAACUUUAAAAUAUUUCAUUAAGUAUUAAAUCCACACCUCCAGGGUUUAGCCGUGUUUUCUUACUGUUAUCUUUUGAAUACUGGCUUCUUUUCUGUUUCCCUGUCACAGCCCCAGUCACUGUGGACCAUAGGUAGAGCACCUAUAGUUUAUAGUACCAACCACUUUAUCUGGGUGUGUUGGUCUGACUGAAAUUUUGACUCCAACUAGCAUGUUUGCGUGCAUUGUAAAAGUCUGGUUUUGGUCGGACUCGCACUUUUUGGACUGCGAUGCCACGUGUCGAUUGGUGACCACUUGUGAUUUUAUCCCUGGAGAUGUUUAAUGCCACGUCUGAACUGGGCCUCAGAGGGAGCAGCUGCAGCAGCAGCAGCGGGUGUUUGAGUCUGUUAGUAAAGGUCAACAAAUAAGUUAACGUACAUUUCAUUUGAAUUACUGUAUCUAGCUUCCUGUGUCUGGACCAACCGAGGGGAAUGGAGGAUUUCACUUAAACUGUAUACGUCUCCUUUUGAGGUAGUUUGACCAGAAAUGAUCAGCGAGUGACAUUUGAUAUUGUACCAUUCAUAUUUUUUAGCUUAAAACACCUGCAGACAGUCAGCAAUAACACCUUAUUCUGCGUCACGAAUCCACAAAUGUCACAUUCUCAGCGUCAGUAGUAAAACUCACGUUAAACUCAGAGGCCAUUUUGUCACCGUCUGCUGUAACUGACCUUUAUUUUCAUUAUUGAAAUUAUUAUUGAUGUUUAAUCAUGCUUUAUGAAACUGCCACAUUAUGCUCAAGGGCGGCGACAAGGAAAACAGUUUUUAGUUCCACAGCCGCAACAUAUUUCUGACGCUCACGCCGCAUCGCCACUCUAAACUAAAAUCAAAUAACGUCUCAAAACUGACAUGUGUGACAGAAGAAAAGGCAGAGAAUCUUUACGUUUUCCCGUCAAAGAGGCGAGAAGUGAACAUCACCAUUCAUGGAUAAGUCCUGAUUCGACCUGUGCGUGCUACUGUGAGGAGGCGGCGGCUCGUGUGCAUUUGUUGUUACUCGUCCGUGAUGCGCAUGACAGAGACCGGGGUGAAGUGAUUAGUCGUAGGGAGACGGCAUGGUGGUUGUUUUUAAAAACAAAACACACACACACACACACACGUGUAUAUUCCUCAGUCCUGGUGUAUAAACCUUUAAAUCAGUCCGUGUUUGUGGCUGAAACGAGAUCACGAUGGUUUUUCCUCAGUAAUAUUUCACCUUGUGAGUUUGACUUCUCUGCUGAUGAAAGACGACACUGCAUGAAAAGACCCCACCUUUAAUUCUUUUUUUACUUUGAUUUGCUAAACAACUACUGGUAGUUCUACUUUGUGUGUUUCUUUUUUUUCAGACUCUUUUGGAACAUUAUUCAGCUUUUGUAUAUAAAUGUGUACACAUUGAAUCCGAUGCCAUUACAGGUGUUUUGGAGGAAGCAACAUUUGUAAUUAUUUGUGCACCCUUACUCUGCAUAAUUCUACUAAACGGCAACCUUCAGUUUGUCCUGUGUGUCUGAACAGUAACUGAAGUCCAAGGGAAACUGUUCAAUUUGAAAUUUAAACACGGGAAAAAAUCCCAUUUUGUGCGGAAUAAACAUAAAAACCCAAAUGAUGUGCUUUUCAGCCACAUUUCAUUUUAAAAUCUGAAUCUUUGUCUCGUAUUUAUCACAUCGAUGUACGACCGUGAGGCUUGGUUAUAUUUUUUUUAGAACAUUACUUCUUUGGACGACAUGAUCCUGCAUCGCAGAGAGCAGAGAAAUGGUCACAGGUGAUCCUCAUCAAAUGUAACCUCAGUCACUUCAGUAUUUAAAGGACUAUUUUCUUACUUGAAUUGGACAGUUUUUAGUAAUAAGCCUCCUUUUUUUGCAUCUUUUUUUGUACUGUCUGAUCUAAUCAAUCCAAAUAAAGGUGAUUUCUCAGUCA